AUGAACGAUUUAAAACAACAGAAAAUGACGUCCAUUUAUCCAACACUUGAGAACAACAAUAGUGAUCUCCCAGAACGUUUAAAAAGUGCUACAUUAUCGAUUCGUAUGAGAAAUGAUAUUCCACCACCAAAACCGCCUCAUUCACGAAGCGGUUAUUUGGCAAUGCCGUGGGGUAAACGUCAUAAAAGUGCCACAACUCGUUUCGUAUGUCAAGGAAAAGAGGUAAAAAGAGAAUUGUCAUUUGAUAAAAAUAUGACAGUAACAAAGAUUAAUGAUCUUCAUGGAACUGGAUGGAUAAAAGGAACGAUUAAUGGCAAGAGAGGAUAUAUACCGAAAUCGUAUAUAGACUAUGAUCAAAAAUAA